CAAGUGACAGUGUCGUCCUCACAAACUUGAAAAUUCCGAGCAUCUCAACACAGUACUUUAUAUAUUUUGUUAUUAUUGAAAAAAAAUAAUUUUUAUCAUAAUGGCCGAACGCUAUGAUCGCGCAGUUACCAUUUACUCGCCGGAUGGUCACCUGCUCCAGGUGGAAUACGCCCAGGAGGCGGUUCGCAAAGGAUCCACUGUGUGUGGAGUGCGCACCAAUAACGUCAUCGUGCUGGGCAUGGAGAAGAAGUCCACGAGCGAUCUGCAAGAAGAGCGAUUUAAUCGCAAGAUUUUUACGAUCGACGAUCAUGUCGUGAUGACCUUUGCAGGUCUCACGGCGGAUGCCCGAAUCCUGGUCAACCGGGUUCAGGUGGAGGCCCAGAGCCAUCGCUUGAAUUUUGAGAAGCCCGUUUCCGUGGAGUAUAUAACGCGCUAUAUAGCCCAAAUGAAGCAGAAAUAUACUCAGAGCAAUGGACGACGUCCUUUUGGCUUGUCCUGCCUGGUUGGUGGCUUCGAUGAGAACGGCACUCCCCACCUGUUCCAAACGGAGCCGUCGGGCAUCUUUUACGAGUGGACGGCAAACACCACUGGACGUUCCGCCCACACUGUUAGGGAGUAUUUGGAGAAGCACGCCGACGACAUCCCGGCCAAUUCCGAUGAGCCUACGGCGGUCAAGUAUAUAGUCCGCACUCUGAUGACUGUCUCCCAUUUGAACCAGAACCAAAUGGAUGUGGCCGUGCUGAAGUACAAGCAGCCACUGAGAAUGAUUGAUCGCAAUGUCCUGACCGAUCUGGUGAAGGUUAUUCGACGAGAGCUGGACGAGGAGGCCAAGCAGCGGGCACGUAUUAGUAUUUCCUAAUUCCAGGCAUGGCCAGCGGCCAGUUUCCGUUUAUUUUGUUAUUUUGAAUCAAGAGUUGAUAACCAA